AUGGCGGAGGAGACGGACAAGUUCAUCUGGCUCUUGGUCCAAGAAACAAUACGACAACACGAAAGCGCCAAAAGAUGCCAGCAAUUCGUGCAGGAGAUGAUGUGGGAGAGGGGGAGGGUGGAGCUGGCGUACAUCAACAGUCUGGAGAAGUGGGCGGGGGCCCUUGCCCAUGGGGUCACCAAGGAAGGUUCUCCGUUCCCACCGGAAGUGCAAAAUUUGUUGGCUACACCGGCUCGCGAGGCGCAGGCGCAGGCUAACCUUCAUCAGAAGUUGUACAAUGACAUCCUUCGUGCAGACGGGCCCUGUCUCCAGUUCCGGAAACGAGUGCAAUGUUUGGAGGAGCGGACCAUGGUGUCCGACACAAACCGGGUGUACUCGGCAGCAGUGCUACAGUUCCAGGCCAAGUUGCGCCGGCGUCAGGAGCUUGAAGGGGAAGUCCGAAGGAAGAAACAGCAAUAUGAAUAUGCAUUAUCCGCUUCACGUGACAUGAAUGAGAAGUUGGACGGUAGGCGGCGCCGCAACACACCACGCCCCCCUGUCGGCGAGGAAGAUGGAGACGCUGGAAUGCCGACAGUAUCACCUCCAAAGGUACUCGGACGUUCAGCAGUCGCAGCUCAAGGAACAGGAGAACGAACUGCUCGCUUAUCUCAAAACUCAGAGGAAGCUCCUCGAGACAAUGCAGUCGGAUUUGAACCUGUUCUACCACCGCCGGCUAUGUGACACCCUAGAGCUGACUCGGAUGUUCAUACUCACUCUCGCAGAACACGAGAUUCCGGAAAACAGGGUAGCUAAGACGUUGACGUUGGAUGAAUGUAAAAACAUGUUGUCCAACGUCCCCGAAACCACGUUGUCGGAGAAGAUGUUUUCGGCGGUGAGGGAAAAGGUGCUGCAGACGGUAAUGGAAGAGAACGCUGCUCAUUUCACCUUGCAGGACCUGGUUAGCGGAUUGACCAACAAAGAAGAAAAAGCGAUCGACCGGAAGUGAGGGUCCUAGGAGUCGUCCGCCUGCUCCCGGUCCUGACACCUUCCGCUUCCGGCCUAGCUCCCCGUCUCCAGUUUGUCCGCAAAAUAUCAGCACGCUCAGGGAGGAUUCCAC